AUCCCCAGUGGAGGUGGUGCUGUGCCUGAUCUGCUGCGUCUGUGUCCGCUCCCAGAAUUCAACAGGCAACAAAGGAAGAAAGGAAGAGGCCGUGAGCUAGUGAGUGCUAGCCAACAAAGCAGAAAAGAUGUCACCUCCUUAUGUCCACUGAAUCGCCAGGGAUCUCCCUCAAAUUUAAGGAAAUAUCCACCCGGCCAAAAUAAAUACCCGUUCUUAUAGCUGCUCCUCAGAAGGCGUCCAGAAUAAAAGAAUCAAAUGAGCGGAGGGGAAGAGGAACUUGACCUAUCAAUUGAGUCACCAUUUUCCGGGACAUAAUGGUUUUGCUGACUGCACUGUAUGCAUGACCUGUCCCAUGUGGCCUGAUGGGGGAACACCGUGGAUAGCGCGUUCAUCAGGAGACCGAGGGAGGCGCUGCAUGCCCCCAGUGUGGAGGGCUUGUCAGGAUGAAGAAGAUCAGCCUUAAGACCAUCCGGAAGUCCCUCAGUAUCAAGGGCAAAGAAGAGGGGGACUUUGUCAUGCUUCAGCAGCCUCCAGUGAACACGGAGUUCUCCAAAGAGGAGUCACUUUUUGGAAGCUGUUACACCAAAGACCUGUCGGGCAGUGAGCAUGUGGGUGAAGAGGACAAGUCUGGGCAGAAUAAGAACAGGGCUAAAAGUGAGAGCCUUAUGGGAUCCCUCAAAAGAAGACUGUCCACAAAGCAAAAGGCAAAAGUAAAAAGUGGGUCUUCGGCCAAUGGCUCAUUAGAUGAUGAAGAUACAUUUUCGUCAUCAUCUGUGCCAAUCAGCUUUAAUGAGGUGAAAGCCCAGAGACCCCUUAGAUCUUCAUCUUUACGUAGUCACCAUUAUAGCCCUUCACCUUGGCCUCUGCGCUCUGUUAAUUCGGAUGAGGGUUGCAUUAAAAUGGAAGUCAAAGUGAAAGCCAUGGUUCAUUCCCCCAGCCCAAGUCCAAAUUUAAAUGGUGUUCGAAAGGAAUUUCAUGAUUUCCAAAUGGAAGGGCUCUUUCAGGACCAAGCAGAAUCCUUAAAGAACAUCCAACAGCCUCAAAACGGCGAGCUGCAUCUAAAUAUUGAUGAAAAUGACGUGCCUGUGGUUCUGGGGUUGACACCCCAGGACUACAUUCAGUACACAAUGCCUUUAGAUGAGGGAAUGUACCCUGAGGGGUCCCACUCCUUCUGUCUGGACAGCUCAUCUCCUAUGGAGGUGGUCACAGAGGCGGACAGUGGUUCUCUGCAUGCAGACCAGGCACAGGAGGAACAUGAACUGAUGAGGGGCAUGCCUUCAGACCUCUUCAUGGACACCUCAGUAAAUGGACUGCUCAUUAGUUCUUCUAGUAUGAUGCUGCGAGGCUCUAGAGUUGACGUCCAGCCUCCCCUCUCACCUCUGCUGCCGCCCAUGACUAGCAAUGGACUCCCUAGGACUUUUUCAGGCUUUGCCUCUGCAGACAGCCAGGUUGCUGAGAGGGUAAGGCACCACCUGAACUUUGACCCUAAUUCAGCCCCUGGGGUGAGCCGUGUGUAUGACUCAGUCCAGAGCAGUGGGCCCAUGGUUGUGACCAGUUUAACAGAGGAGCUGAAGAAACUGGCUAGACAGGGCUGGUAUUGGGGCCCGAUAACUCGCUGGGAGGCAGAGGAGAAGCUGCUGAACUUGGCUGAUGGUUCUUUUCUGGUGCGGGACAGCUCUGAUGACCGGUACCUGCUCAGCCUGAGUUUUAGGUCCCAGGGAAAAACUCUUCACACGCGCAUCGAACACUCUAACGGGCGCUUCAGCUUCUACGAGCAGCCCGAUGUAGAGGGCCACACCUCCAUAGUAGACUUAAUCGAACAUUCAAUCAGAGACUCUGAGAAUGGAGCUUUCUGCUAUUCCAGAUCUCGUCUCCCGGGGUCUGCGACUUACCCUGUUAGACUAACCAAUCCGGUUUCUCGGUUUAUGCAAGUGCGCUCCCUACAGUACCUCUGUCGCUUUGUCAUUAGACAAUACACUAGGAUAGACUUGAUUCAGAAACUCCCUCUGCCCAACAAGAUGAAAGAUUAUCUGCAAGAGAAGCACUACUGAGGACUCCACACAGAACAGUGUCAGAGCAGUUUGCACUAGUGUGUGGUACAGCCAUGUAACAAGGGUCACAGGUGCCAUGUGAGAUGACUAUGGUCCGGGUCUUUUAUCUGGGAUACCUCCAAAAGUAUUGAAAUUAUAGGGAAAUAAGUUUGUAUGGAAAAUCUAUACAGCCAAGUUAGAUUGGAACGUUCCAUCAUGGUUACAUUUGGUUAUGUUUCAGUGCAUGUGAAGCAGGAUAUGGAGAGCAUUACUGUAAGUCUGCUAUUGUACCUGUAAUAUCUGAGAAUUGUACAUUGGGGAAAAAACAAACAAAAAUAUAGUUUUAAGUAAAAGUAAAGAAACUCACUGCUUUAAUGAUGUUUGAACUAUUAGGACUGAAUCUGUGCAUUGCUUGUUGUUAGAUUAUAAAUAUUAUGAAAAAUUAUUCCUUUUAAAUUGGUCAUUCUAUUUGGUACAUAGGCAAUUACAGAUUCACAUCUAGACAAUAAUCUUGAACCACACAAGUAUUAUAUAAUAUACAGGAUGUAUCUUUAGCUAGUAAUAUAUUAAUUAUGCCUUAAUAAGGAUUUGACUUCUUUAUAAAAUUAGAACCUGAAGGUACUGAUUAUGCUGAAUUUUCAUGUUAUGCUUAACAGCCUAACAGCAAUUAGUGGAUGUGUACACAUUGUUAAAUUAUUUGUAUCGGGAAUGCUCCAAGAUGGGCAGAGCCGCUCAGGCUUAAAUGUAAUGCUUCUUCCUGCAUGUAGUACAGCUUUAUGGUGUCUCUUUACAAACACAGGACAAAGAGGUCACAUUUGGGAAAGUUAAAAACUGUCCUCAAUUACUCCUUUAAAUUAAACAUGUAUUUGGUCCUAGUCAGUUCUAUAGGAAUGGCUGUGUUAAUCUGUGAAUACCAGUGAUGGACUGUCCCCAGGUCAAAACAGGGCUAGACUCGUGUGAGUGCUGGUGAUGGUCUCUUGGAGCAGGCCACAGUGGGAGCAGACUCUGUCACUGCUUGGUGUUCUGUUGAGUCUUUAGUGCCAUGGACUUUUGAGAGUUCUAAGGCCACAGAGCUGCAUGACCCUAAGACCAUCUCUUGUUGGUUUUCUGCGCCAGAGCAAAGGGAAGAGCACACAGUAUGCUACGCAAGUGCUUUAUAUGGAAAAUAUGACAGGGAAUUGUCUUUUUACAUUAUGAAUGAGCAUCUUUCAACAACAGUGUCCUUAAAAGUAUUUGGAAAGGGGUCUCUCGGAUCACUUCAGUAGGAUGUUAGUAGUAGUUUUAGUUUAGCUGGAUAUUUUCAUGUCUGAGGAAGUUUCAUAAAGCUAGCACAGCAGAAAUUAGAUAGGAACUUUGAAUGGUGUUGCAUGUUUAAAGACUUACAAAUCUAAAAAGCUUUGAGUUGUAUAGGAAUGAAGGAUCUAGGUCGUGUGUUCGGCUGUGUAGAAAGACGUUUUAUUUUGUCACAAGCAAUGGCUGGACAUUCUGUGUACCAGAAGUGUUUUUAUUUAGAAAUUGUUUGGUUUUGACACUUGCCAUCUGGGGGAUGGGCUGUACUAAAGGAACGUACGCCUGUAUGAGGUAUCCACUUGAUCUGCCCUCAGAGCGUUUGAGAAAGCAUGAGAAUCACACACACUCACAUUGACACAUUUUGCACUUGAAUACUUCUCUGACGCGCUUGGAUCCUCUCCUGCCACAAGCUGUCCUUCAGAUGGUGGAUGUUUAUUUUAACAAAAUCCUGUCACUCAUUUGUCCUGAUUUGUUCCUGUAACUGUUUAAAUGUUGUGCUUGUUAUCUUAUGGGAUACAAAGGGUAAGGCACCAGCAUCAUAUCAAUGCCUCUAUCAGUGCUUUGGAGCGCUUAUGGAAGAAUGUGGGCUACAUUUGACUGCUUUGAGUGUUUAUUUGAAAUGUGAAAUUGAGAUGUCUUUUUCAAUACAAUGUUAUUUUCAUUCUACUUUGAAUUUCAUUAGUUGUCAUUGAAUUUUGACAAGCAGUUUCAUAUGGAGUUGCUGCUGUUCCUCUCCCUCAUUUAGUAUUAUUGCCUAUAUGUAUGAUUCCACAUGUGACUGUUCAAGGUUGUGAAUGAACAAGCUCAGUUUGAUCUGUGCAUAAAUGAUCUUAGGCAAUGGUUUACAGUUUGUGGGACAUGUCCACCCCUUGUUUACCUUAAUUACACACAGACAUAGUGGUACAUAUUUGAAGACCUUUAUUUCCUGGUAAUGUGUUCUACACAUUUGUGCUGCUUAAAUGGAUAUGAUUGCCUUUCCUGUAUUAUAUAAUGGGGAGAUGGAAUGUCAUCAUUUAGAUGUAUGUAAUGUAAUGACUUUGGUUGUCAUCUUGGGAGAGUAAAAGCAGAUUUGCGACUGAACUUCUGUCAGAACAUUAGUAGUAUAUAGAUGGGUCUCUUAGAAUACUCAGAUUAUGUUGGUUAUCAGAUCUCAAUUUUCCAAAGUAGAUUUUUUUAUUGUUUUUUUUUUUUUUUUUUUUUUAAAUCAGCAGUGAUUGAUUGCACAUUUUGGAUACAGUUCAAGAGUUUUUGUAUCUGCGAUUAUAAAUUAUAAAUAAAACUAUAUUCUGAAAAAUAAAA